AUGGAGUCGAAGCUUUCUUCAAUGGCCUCGAAGCGUUCUUCAAUGCCAUCACGUUUGUUGUCGCUCCCGGAAGAAGUACAAGAAGAAGUCAUCUACCGGACUCCCGUGGAAGCGCUUAUACAGUCAGCAACAUUAUGCAAGCGAUGGACCGCUCUUCUCACCAACAAGAAAGUCAUCCACACACACUUGGAUCGGUCGGCGGAAAGAUUCAUAAGAAGCGUUGAUACAGUAAACGUCGUUGAUCCGGUGACGCGAAUAUGCUCAAGUACUUCACCGGUUCCGAGAGAGUUUCAAGACCCGAACAAUACAGAUGCUCUGCUUCACUGCGACGGUCUUAUGCUGUGUAGACUUCGUGGCUGUCACGUCAAAAGUUUCGAGCCCGAGGAUCCAAGACGCCCGCAAAUAGCGAUUUGGAAUCCCGUUUUGAGAAAGGUGAAAUGGAUCAUGCCUUCUGAUUGUGUGACCGCUUACAAUAACUUUGGGCUAGGUUACAAGAAUCGAGGUGAUUACUAUUGA